CCACACUUCCGGAAUCCCUUUCCCGGGACGCGGUCGCGUCGCGUGUGUUUGUGCGUGCGUGCGGGUACGAGUGGCCGCGAAAAGGACACCCCGCGACUCCCCUCCGCUCCCUUUUCUGCUGCUACCUCCUGGCUGGAUGGACCGGAAGAGUCCUUGAGCCAAAAUUGCUCGGCGGGUACUUCCGGGACGGGAGACCUGGGUUCCGGGAGGGUGCUGGAAGGAGAGGGAGAAGCGGCGGCGGCGGCUGGAGGAUGAAGAAGGAGCAUGUGCUGCACUGUCAGUUCUCCGCGUGGUAUCCCCUGUUCCGAAGCCUUACUAUCAAGAGUGUCAUUCUUCCACUUCCUCAGAAUGUGAAGGAUUAUUUACUCGAUGAUGGAACUCUGGUGGUUUCAGGAAGGGAAGAUCCACCAACAUGUUCUCAGCCGGACAGUGAUGAUGAAGCAGAAGAAAUACAGUGGUCGGAUGACGAGAACACGGCUACGCUUACGGCACCAGAAUUUCCUGAGUUCACCACUAAGGUCCAAGAAGCUAUCAACUCCCUGGGGGGCAGUGUAUUUCCUAAGCUUAACUGGAGUGCCCCAAGGGAUGCGUACUGGAUCGCAAUGAACAGUUCUCUGAAAUGUAAAACCCUCAGCGACAUCUUUCUGUUGUUCAAGAGCUCCGAUUUCAUCACUCGGGACUUCACUCAGCCAUUUAUUCAUUGUACUGAUGACUCUCCAGAUCCUUGUAUAGAAUAUGAGCUUGUUCUUCGAAAAUGGUGUGAAUUAAUUCCUGGGGCUGAGUUCCGAUGUUUUGUCAAGGAAAACAAGCUUAUUGGUGUUUCUCAGAGGGACUAUACGCAAUAUUAUGAUCAUAUUUCUAAACAAAAGGAAGAGAUUUGCAGAUGCAUACAAGACUUUUUCACGAAACACAUACAGUACAAAUUCUUAGACGAAGACUUUGUGUUCGACGUGUAUAGAGACAGUAGGGGGAAGGUAUGGCUGAUUGAUUUUAAUCCAUUUGGUGAAGUCACUGACUCACUGCUGUUUACUUGGGAAGAACUGAUAUCUGGAAGAAACUUAAAAGGUGAUUUUAGUGAAGGAGAAGGCCUGGAGCAGGAUUCUCCGGCUUUCCGUUGUACAAACAGUGAGGUGACGGUUCAGCCCAGCCCCUAUCUGAGCUACCGACUUCCCAAGGACUUUGUAGACCUGUCUACUGGGGAGGAUGCUCACAAACUCAUAGAUUUUCUUAAACUGAAAAGAAAUCAGCAAGAGGAUGACUGAUUAGAGCACCAGAGUGAAGUCCGAGGUAAAGAGGAGACCACCUUGGUGUCAGAAGACUGCUCUGAGCUCACAGCUUCCUGUUACCCCUCUUGGGUCAGGGUGGGAGACAGUGUCAAAUCAAUAGCUUUUUAUAUCCAUGUAUAUUAAGCUGGAAUAAAAAGUGGAGGGACUUUGCUACUUGUAUAAAUAAAUAAUAAAUAGAUCUUCAACAUAGGAAAGCAUACUGUUCUGAUGAUAAAAUACCUUCUGUGAAAUACCUCAUUCUUUUCGCUCAGUCUGUUUAGACUUAUCUAUACUUCUUGUGCUGUUUUUAUACCUAUUGGGCAGAUGGGCGAAUUUAUAUUUGUUAAAUGAGUUCUUGUUAAAUCAUUCUUUUUCACAGAAAAAGGUUGAACCUUAUAUUCCUGUAGAAAAUAUUUUUCCUACUUUGAGAGAAUUUUCAUAUAACUUUUCUAUUGGUUUAUCUUUGGUUUGCGUAUCGCUAAAAUAAUACAGACUUCUCAAACUAUCAAAUAACCUGAAAAUGUCAGUAUAGUACAACUAGUGUAAUAUGUAUUAGUAAAACUAUCACCCGAGUUAGAAUUUGGCCUUUUAAAAAAAUACUGGAAUUUGGGGGAGGUAGGUUCGCAUAGGCCACCAUUUUAGUAAUUAUGCUUCAGUGCUCUAAUUGAUGAUGAGGAUAUCAGUGAUACUGAUUUACUCAGUACUUCAUGCUGAGACACUCUGCCACGUGAUCUUUUUGUGUUGUGUUACAUUGUAGGACAGUUUGAAGGAAGUCAUUCCCAGGGUAUCUAUCUAGUGUGUGUGAAGGAAUAUUUUACUAGUUGGAGGUAUGUUUUUCAACCUAGGAGAGCACCUAUGAAUGUUCCCAUAGGAAGGUAGGGAAAUGGAGCAGAGUUUCUCCUUUCUGUGUGGUUAAGGCAGAUUAUACAAAAUGAAGAAAGAUACCUCUUUUUUGGUUGUCUCAAACUGGCUUUUUGUGUGGUUUCUCAGUUACAGUCACUUGGAUAUUAGUAUUUUAAAUACAAAGAACAAAGAUCAACUUGUGAUCUUAGUACUCAGUAUGUCAUAUGCCAUUUCUGAGGCCAGUUGUUUGAAACUGAGGUGCUUUAAAAUAUUUGUGUUUUUAAAUAAACUGCUCAUGAGAGACUUGACUGUUAACUCCUAGUAGAGGAAUUUAUUAUCAUGAGUUGAUUUAAACUUAGCUCUGGAAGCUGGCUUCCUCAAGGUGGUACUUUACCAGUCCAAAAAGAAAAAAAAAUUGAUGUAUUUUAAUAUCAAUUGAAAAAAAAUUAGACUAUAAAUAAUAAAAAGACUCAAGCAAAAUUUAGCAAAUAUUUUAUAAGAAGUAUAUUUCUUGGUGCAAAACUCAUUACAUUUUUACAUUAAUUUUCCUGAGGUAUUAUUGAGUCCAACUCUCACUUCGCUUUUAAAAAUCGACUUUUUUACAUUGUCCCCUUAGUAUAUUCAAUUUUGGUUGAUUAUCCUGAUGUAAAUAGUAAAUAUAGGAUAAUAUGCAGGAAAUAUUCUCCUACAUUAUUAAAGUAUCAUUUAUGUCUCUUAAA